AUGCUCUCAACAGCGAAGCAGGACUUAGCAACACCGGCGCCGGGCCUCCUUCCGUCUGACCGGCCGCCGGAUCCUCUGGAUCCUUCUGUUCUUGUCAAUUUCCCAGGGGCUAUGGAAAGCACGGCUCCGCCCAUUGCUGCAUCAGAUAUGGCUAUUGAUUUUACUAUUUUGCCUGUGCAGGUAUCUCCGGCGGAGGCAACGCCAAUACAGGGAUCCCAGCCCACGCCAAUGGAGGCCGCGGAAACACAGGCGAGCGAGAAGAAAACAGUGCAGGCGUUCACCUAUGCUAAGGCGGUAGCGAACUUACCGACACCAAUGACACCCCCUAAUCAGUUGGCUGUGUGGACUCCGGUGGGGGAACACGAUCUAAUAACAGGGAGUCGAAAUGGCGAGCCGGCGCUGACAAUUUCGUCGGAAUUCAAGUCGAAGAUAUGUGCGCCAUGGCAGCGCUCUUUGGUUGUUAGACUACUUGGGCUGAAGAUUGGCUUCAUCACACUCUGUAAUCGAUUGAAAAGCCUCUGGAGACCGACCGGAAAUAUGGAAAUCAAAGAUCUGGAUCAUGACUGCUUUCUAGUCAAGCUUGAUAAUGAGCAGGACUACUUCCGGGCUCUGACCGACGGGCCAUGGGUGAUCUUUGACCAUUAUUUAGUUGUACAACAGUGGACUCCAAGCUUCAAAGCUUCCGAUCCUCUCCCGAAAACCAUGAUCGUCUGGGUCCAGCUCCCGGCUUUGAAGAUUCACUUCUACCACAAGGAGAUUGUGACAACCCUUGGAAACCUAAUUGGGAGAACGAUCAAGCUUGAUUACCAUACUCUUACACAACAGCGGGCGAAAUUUGCCCGGUUAGCGGUGGAGGUUGACUUGUCGAAGCAUUUGGUCCCCCGAAUCUGGCUCGAUGAUGCCUGGCAAAAAGUAGAAUACGAAAACCUCCCUGAAGUUUGUUUUGAAUGCGGAAGGAUUGGGCACUGUUCUGCCAAGUGCCCGCUCCUCAGACCCGCCGCUUUACCCAAUGCUGCGGUGGUCGCCGGAGGGGAUUCACCGGCUGGUUCACCGAUCGACGAGGAAGAGACCAACCCGGGCUUUGGGCCGUGGAUGCUGGUCUCCAGGAAAUCACGGCGGAAUUGA